ACUUUUUUAAACUGGAUUUACUGUUAAAAGCACUCGGAGACUUCCGAAAUUGUUCCUAGAAAAUGAGUGAAUUGUGCUGCAAAUGUAAUCUGCCGAAGGAACCGCCUAAAUCCAACUCCGGCAUUAAGUGGAAUUGCACAAGGCUAAUUUAACUGGGUAGUUUACUCAGUUAAAUGAGUUAAAUCAGCCCAGCGGUCAUUUCUUGAUCAGCCACCUUUCGGUACAUUUGCCGGUUAUGUUUGAUGCGCUCAGAGAGUGUGGAACCGAUAUUUAUACACCCGGGAGACAGCAGUUUGGCGGAUAAAAUUUUCGCUUGUACAGGCAUUCAAAUAGAUGAGAGCGUAAAAAUCGGUCCGACAUCAAUUUGUUUGGAUUGUAAAAGCUCGGUUUAUAAAAGCUACCAAUUUUUGGAACGUUGUCAGCGAAAUAAUAAAAUAAUUCAAAAUUUGCUUAGUAGUCAGGAGGCAACUGAGAAACCUAGCACAGAACAUUCGCCCAAUAGUUUGCGUGUUGUAAUUCGAACAUCGCAGAUCCGUACCGGGUCGAAAUCCUCAAACAAAAGGAAACGUCUAAACUCACGUCGGAAAUCGGCUAGGAGUAAUUUGGAAUCCUCGACAAGUGCUAGUGAUAUCUCGUGGAGUGACCGUGACGAAGAAAGCGACAAUCACGAUGAUGUCGAUGAGGGAAACCUUCCAGUCCAAUUGGCUUACGAAACAGACACCCAAGAGGAAUCUCCGCAGAAACGACCAGGAAAUAAGAACGGUGAGAGCAGAGUUCCAAGUCUGGUGAUUAGAAAUGGAGAGUGUGUAGGAACUUUGAAAGCUCCUCUAAUCGUUUCGAAUAGUAGAGCUUCCAGAACGCCAAACUCCGAGUCUGCUGAAGCAAAUGAUUUGUAUCAAUGCGAGUUUUGUGAAGGAUCGUUUCCCUAUCAACUGCAGAUUAGACAACAUCUCGAUCUGUACCACGCCGAUCGUCUGCAUGAACUUUCCUGUAAGUUUUGUUCAAAAGUGUGCUUGAGCGCCACUGAGCUAAGUAAGCAUUGUCUCCAAAAGCAUGCUUCCACCAAAGUUAUCGAAUGUAAAAUAUGCCAAAGAACAUUCACCAGCAAUCAAGGAUUGUAUCAACACUAUCGCACAAUCAUGCAUCGAGCAGCAUGUGGCGAAGCAGUUUAUCCCAGGCGGCGCAACUCAUACAUUAGUGUGGGAACGCCGGAUCGAGCAUCAUCGGUAGCUAGUCCUGAUCAUGGAUGCGAGCAUCCGCAAAGCAGUAGUCGACCAAGACGGAAAUCCACUCAGCUGCGACCUUCGAUGGAUCUGGAUUACGAUCCAUAUGUAAAUGUAAAUUACGAGGACGUCAGCACGUACAAGUGUGACUAUUGCGACGAACAGUUCUACGACCAUGAGAGCUUAGGGCGACAUACAGCUGUUCAGCCGUGUCGAGUUGAGGUGGAACAGCUAAAUCUGGACCAGUUGCUCGAAAAAGUGGACCUAGAUGAGCUGUUGAGUCCGAUCAACGGUUCCGAAGACAUCGCGAUCGUGGAACCACCGAUCGAAAUUGUUGACCUUACCUAGCGGUGUCUUAGGCGUAAAAAGGUAAAAGUUAGAUUUUAUUUUGCGGGCAAACCUAUUGAUAUCCGUAAUGAUUGAUGAACGCAUAUUUUGUUGUAUGGGAUGAAUCCAAACACAAUUUAGUUUGAUAGUUUCUAAAUUGUAUGUGUGUGCAAUCAUAUAUUUUUAUUGUUUUUGUGGAACUUUAAACCACACCAAUUCUUUUAAAUGGUUGCAUUCAAAAUAAGAUGUUAACUAAUCCUUCCAUAGCUUUGAAUUUUGUCCUUGAUCAACAACAAAUGCUUUUAAACCCAUUGUCGUUUGAAGCCAGUAAUCAAUUUUGGUAAUGCAAAUUUUGCAUUGGAACUCUAUUUCUUCUAACCAAUUUGAGUUUUACUGGUUAUAAACUUCAUUAUGACAUUUUUCUUGAAAAGUCUUAGCGACAGCUUCUCAUAGCUAUUGAAACGCUACUCAAAUUAUGACAGACAAUUUGAACAUUGCUGUCUUCGGAACGUCGGAGGUUCAUUUUUUUCAAACCAAAUGGCAUUCCAACGAAUAACGCUGUAGAAAAACUCGACUUACAGACAACUAAUCUCAUUUACGUACUAUAAGAAAAAGUCUUUUCCAUUUAUAACUUUUCGUGAAUGUUCAAGUGGGUUUAAAUAAGAACGCUUAAGGUUUUCAUCAAAGUUCAAAAAUCGCGUUUAUUACUUAUUGUAUAACACUUUACUCAUAAGGAAGGUGCAUUUUUCGCAACCGAUUGUGGUUUUGAAAACAAAUACAUUUUUGAACGAUAGAUAAAUAAAUUCCACAAAACCGUGCUGUACAUCGAAGUCAGUCUCGAUCAAUUCCGUUGUCUCCUUAAUAAACCCAAAGCGAUAGAUAGAUAAAAUAUACCUACAUAAGAUAUGAAUAUGUGAAGUUAUAAUUUUUCUAGGGAUGAAUCAGCCUAUUGGUUGAAAAUCCCCAGAAAAAAAAGAAGUUAUAAUUUUCAUGAUCUCCAAUUGGACACACUGAAAAAAUUAGUCAAAACAUUUUUAGUGAAGUUUAUUAUAAACAUUCUUCGAAACGUUAAGAAUAGGAAUCUGACAUUUGGCAUAAUUUCAACUUACCGUGUGGUAACUGUUUUGAUAAAAUUGGAACAUGGAAGUUGCAAGAGGUGAGACGGCGGCCUUAUUACAUUGGUUUAGGUUUACUGGUGCCUCCUAGGUUUACGUGAAAUCUAGGACCCCUUAGCCUCCCUUAUUUCAUAAAAGUUCAAACGCGCAGUAUGAGGAGUCGGAUUUAGCGUAGGUCUAAACGCCAUGCUUAUGAUGGCGGUUAAACAUAAGUCAGCACAAUGCAAACAAAUAAAAACACCAUCUUCCUCAUGCUGCGCGUUCGAACUUUUCUGAAAUAUUGUCCUGUGCAGCCUAGAUCUGUGAUGCGUUGCGGCAAUGCCGCAAAACUAAAGAAACAUAAACUCGCAACUUUGUCUAAAAAGUUAGUCUCGACUUUUACAACACAAAAGAAUGAAAUUAUGCCAAAUGUCAUACUCCCGUUUAGAAUGUAUUAAUAUACUUAGCGAAAUUCAUAAGUAAAAUACAUUAAUAAGCACUGCAAAAAAUCUCCGCGUUAUGUUUGAUCAAGCUUAUAGGUAGGUACAUAUUUUAGUGAACUUCGUGUCUUCUCUCUGUAGUAAGUAUUCAAAACUAGAGUAUCGUUUAUGUUGUAACGGUUACCUAUUAAAAUUAAAGAAAUUCCAUAGGUAUAGCUAUGUAAAAGAAAAAACAGUGUUUUACUUACUAUUAUUUAGUUUGCUCUCGAUUCAAAAAAAGGAAAUUUUUUCAACACGUCCGAUGAUUAUUUCCAAAAGAUAAAAAAAAAAUAUACCUAAAUUAUUUUUACAAGGUCAAUAUGUAAGUAGAUAUGUAUUUUUGAAAAAAAAAGUUUAAAUGAAAGUUUAUUGGUUUGAAAAUUACCCCUGAACUUACGAAUUAUAAAUUUUAUCAUAUAGAAAAAGAUGUACCCAUAAUUUACAUUAUAUGUAAUAUUAUUUUGUUAUGAUAAAAAUUCUUUCUAAUGUUUAAAUUUUGGGCCUUCAAAUAACAGCGCAAUUCUUAGAGCAAAUGAUCAAAAUACAAUAUUAGUUCUAGCAGAUUUAUAAACAUUAUUUACUUUAUUUUAUUAACUCCAAAAUGUUUGAAAUCGAGACCAAUAUACA